GGUUUCUCUCAUCACAAAAUUAGCGGCGUGUAGUUGGGGGUCAUAAUGCAGAUGGUGCUUAGGAUUGCAAUUCUCGUUGGUGAUAGUGACGAUCUUAUUAGGAUUGUUGUCAUGUUCGACGAAGCCACUCGGACGUACCGGAUUUUGGCGAGACAUGACUGAUCUUUCUUUGGUGUGACAGAGAGUGUGUAAUUUGUUUCUUACUUUCUUUAGCCGAUAGGAGGUGGUUGGGUACUUGCCUUUCUUCCUUUUUCAGUUAUUCGGUUCCAGAUAGGUGAGUGGUCCUAUUCUGUGAUUUCGAGUCUUUCUCUAUCUGCUGAGUUCCGUUAGUUGAUUCCCGUGGUUUCUUAUUGCCUCAUCAUGAGUGCGCCUGGUAAGUGUUUCAAUUGCAAUGGCGAUGGGCGUUUUGCGAGGGAAUGCCCCAGCACCAAGACUAAUCGAGGAGGUAACACGAAUGGGGCUUCUGCUCCCUCGACUCCUCGGUAUUGGACACCCAGAAGGAAUCAAGAAGAUACAGAGGAGCGGGAGUUUUUGCGUCAGAUGAUUCAGGAGAAGAGAGAGGAACAAGCCAGAAAAAGGGAUUUAGAUGAGCAGAUGGAGUUUAAUGAGAAGUUGAAGUCUAAGAUGGCGCGGUAUGCGGAAGCCACGAAGGUUGAAGUUAUGGCAGCUGUUGGACGACAGUAUUUGGGCACAAGGAGGAGGCUCAGCGUGAGGAACAUAAAGGGAGUUGGUCUCCGCCUGGAUGAGGAGGUUAGGGAUAUUGAUUAUAUCGACCUGGAGAUCCGUCGUUUGGAACUCCUACGUGAAAAGAAGUGGAAGGGUAAGGAGGUGGCGCGUGCAGGGGUGAGUUUAGCGAAGGUGGCUUAUGAAGGUUUUGUCUUUUCGCCGGUGUCUCUGGAGAAUGCGGCGUCACAGUCUGAGCUAACAGGCAAAAUUUGCAGCCUCCCUGCUCAUUCCUCACCUCUUCAGCCCGCUGGUGAGGCGGCACAGCAACCAGCAGGCAGUUCUGCAACUCCACCAGUCUCACCAGGUGAGGCCAACAUCAACAUGCACAACUUCCCCUCGUUCAGCAAGAAGGCCCUAGACCUUGAGGCAAAGAUAGGGCAUGGACAAACACCCACAACGGACGGUAGGAAAAAGUCACUGCCUCCCAACUGGAAGGCGAAGGGUCGCAUUAUGUUCGUCGACAAUGAUGGUUCUACCAUCGAGUUGGAAGACGACUUCCAGGCGGGAGUGGGUUCAGAGGCAGGGAGCGUAGAGGCUUCAAGGGGUGGAGUAGUCGCUGCCUCAGCACAGAAAGGUAAGGCGACCGGUAGACGCCGUAGAGGUUCCCGGUCUAGGAGUCAAGUUGACCGCAACGCUCCUCCAUGGGAGAAAGCGGGUCUAACCGAGGACGUGUGGAGAGACCGGUACACCCGGCAGGCUUGUAUCCGUUGUGGCCAAUAUGGCCAUAAUCAGUUCAAGUGCCGAAACAAAAAGGUGACCGAGAAGAUCCCGCCUACGAUGGGGCAGGCGUUGGGAUCCUCUGCUCCCGUUGGUAGCAAUGUGGCCAACAAUUCUGACACAACUCUGGGAAACGCGUACGGUCUGUACGAGUUUGUGGUGAUGCCUUUCGGCCUUUGCAAUGCUCCUGGCACCUUUCAGCACUCCAUGAAUCGGAUCUUUCAUGACGACUUGGACAAGUUUGUCAUCGUGUACCUUGAUGACAUACUCAUCUUCUAUAGAAUUGUCGGAGAGCAUGUAGCUCAUCUAGACAAGGUUCUUGGCCUCCUUCGACAACACAAGUUCAAGAUAAACGGGGAGACGUGUGCGUUUGGCCGCACCCGCAUCUUGUACUUGGGUCAUGAGAUUUCCGCGGAGGGAUUGAAGCCCGAUGAUGCGAAGGUGGCCAGCAUUCAUGACUGGCCGCGUCCUCAGUCUGUGACUGAGAUGAGAUCCUUCUUAGGGAUGACCUACUACUAUCGUAAUUUUGUGAAGAACUAUAGCAUAGUUGCCGCCCCUUUGACGGAUUUGACUCGCCUUGACACCCCAUGGGAGUGGACAGACAUGUGUGAGGCUGCUUUCAGACAUCUGAAGCAUGCUCUGACACACCAUGAGGUCUUGAAGCUUCCCGAUCCUGACAAGCCGUUUAUAGUCACCACGGAUGCUAGUCAAGAUGGCAUAGGCGUCGUGCUCGCGCAGCAGGAGGGGCCAAAGUUGAGGCCUGUCGAGCUGGAAAAGGUUGUGAGGAUUGAAAAAGACGCCACUCUCACGAGACUCGCAGAGGAACGGAUCAGGUCGAGGUCAACGACAGAUUUUAGACGUAUUGAGCACUACUACCGGAUGCGCUGCGCAAUGCUUGAAGAAGCUAUCUCAGAGGAAAGAAGGAAUAGAGAGGAGGCUGAGCGGGCUCAGAGACUGGCAUUCUUGAAGUUGGAAAAGCAAGAGCGAGAUCGGAUAGAGGAGGAAGAGUUUAUGCGCUUCCUACGGCAACAGAGCAAAGAAGAUGCUGCUUUUUUCCAAACUAUACCAACGGAUGGUGAAGCCCCCAAGAUUUUGAAGUACAUGGGAGACAUCAUAGCCCAUGUCAGACAUUCGGGCGCUGCUGCAGCCUCCACAUAAAAUGGGGCCCCAGCAAGAUAUCUGUAGCCUCCCUCCUCCCACACCACUCUUCCUCCCACCCCUGCUUACACAGAUAGGGCAGCCAAAACCUCUUAGGCCCUUAGGCACAUACACAGGUUCAGGCCUCGACAGUUCCCUAGAUCACACCGGUCCCAGUCACUGCACCCCUCCCACUGGUUCCACUUGCUCGGUUGACCGCGGUGGCCCCACUGGUCCCAUUGGUUCAACUGGUUCCAGUGGUCCCUCGGCUCAUCGCUCUGCUCCCACUGUUCCUGUUGGUUCCACUUGCUUCCUUGGUUCCACUGGUUCCAAAGGUCCCGCUACUGCUGGUUCUACUAGUCCCACUAAUUCAAAAGUCUGUCCUGCGUCACCCGAACUGUGAGUGAGGGUUUUCAAGAAGCCAUACGCUCGAAGGUCUCGUCUCUUUUCUAACCUCUUUGCGUUUUUCCUUGAAUGUGCAUGCGUUGUAGGAGGUUUGGGGGAGGGAGGGGGGGGGAUGGGGGGUUCUGGGCAUCCAUGGGGGAAGGGUAGGGUUGUUUAGGAUUGCAACAUUGCUAAUCGUAGCCUUUUCAAGCUUUUAAUACUUUCUUUUCAUGUAUGUGGCCUCACAUCAUGUUUCUUAGGUGAUGUUUCCCCUGCUUUGCAGUUUAUUUUCCUCUUUUGCAGAUGAAUCUAUGUUUGCCUCCCAAGUGGAAAUCUAGUAUACAAUGCCAUACAUCUAUAGAUUCUAUACUUAUUGAUUUGAGCAGUAAGAUUGUAAGACAAGAUUGGCAAUUGACUUUAUUUGAUUUGGCUUGGCUUGGCUUGGCUUGGCUUGGUUUGGUUUAGUUUGGUUUAGUUUGGUUUGGUUUGGUUUGGUCUCAAACUGAAAGAAAUAGGAGAGAAGGCGAAAAGGUGGUGGCAGAAGUGCAACAACAGGGCAGUGAAGGAUCCACGCAUGAUAAAUAUAUACCGAGCAG